AUGUGUUGUCCCAGACACGAAGGGCGUGUGCUGCUGAAAGACGGCAAGGAAAUUGAGCUCAUUGCCCGAAUUCGUGUCCAGACUCGAACAAUCGAGGGACAUGUCGCCCAUGAACUUAUCAUCGAUGAUGUACGUCCUGAAGAUGCCGGCAAGUACACUGUAAUUGUUGAGAACACUGCCGGACAAGAUCGAUGCGAAGCAACACUGACUGUUGUUGAAACCCUCGAUAAAGUACCAGAACGUGCUCCUGAGUUUAUUGUCCAACUACAAGAUAAAUCUACUAUGACCAAUGAGAAGGUUACAUUUGAAUGCAAGGUUGUUGGUGAACCGAAACCAAAUGUCAUCUGGUAUCACGAGAAU